ACCAGUAACUACAGCCCUGUGACGGAACCGGAAGCUCGUCGCAUAUGCUGACGUCAUAUUGUAGUUUUGUUGUGAAAAGGCAGCGUAGCCAAGUCGUGUGAAUGAUUCAUGUUAUUAUUCAGCAGGUGAAUCCUAAGUCGCAACAGCGAGACGGACACUUGUUAUCACGACCACGACGGGCUAACAUAAAAAAAAUUGCUUUGUGCUAAUGCUAGCUUACAUCUCAGCUUAUGACGACGAACAUGUGAGACAGCUCGACCUCUUCUACAAUGUUCAUGGUAUUAUUAUAAACUAUAGUUCAUAGCCUGAAACCCAGCAGUUUCUUGCUGUACACGAGUGUUUUUAAUUUUUAGGAUAUAAGCUAGCUUCCAGUUUGUUUCUGCGUUCGUUAAGUUGCUGCAAUGCAUAUCACAGAGGACACAAUAGCCAUUUUAAAGCAGUUUGACAUUGGAGACAAACUCUCCUUACCGGAGCUGCCCAGAGCCUCAGUGCUGGUCCCACUGAUUGUGAAGAAUGGGGAGCUGCACACCUUGAUGACCCUGCGAUCACAUGAGCUGAGGAGCAGUGCCGGUGAGGUGUGUUUCCCGGGUGGGAAGAGAGACCCCGGUGAUAGAGAUGAUGUGGACACAGCUCUGAGAGAGGCAGAGGAGGAGAUAGGUCUAUCACCUGAUGAUGUGGAAGUGGUCUGUAGACUGGUCCCCCUCAUCAGUAAGAGUGGUCUGCUGGUGACCCCGGUAGUUGGCUUCAUAGAUGAGUCAUUCUGUCCCCAUCCAAACCCAGCUGAGGUCAGUGCCGUGUUCACAGUCCCUCUGGACUUCUUCACCAGUGACAAGGACCACAGUGCUAAUUACGGCGCUACUGGGAUGAAGGGGGUGAUGCACUCUUUUUAUUUUGUGGACCCUGAUUCAGGACAACAGUAUCACAUAUGGGGUUUGACUGCCAUGUUGGCCAUAAUGGUUGCUACCCUGGCUCUCAGGAAAAAACCUGAGUUUGAUAUUAGUUUUGACCCAGAGGAUCCAUUAACCUUCUUCCAACAGGUUCUACACAGACAAGCUAGUAAACUGUGACCAGCUGUUGUUGAUGUUUGUAAUACAUUUGU